AUGUCACCAGCAUCAACCGCGCUUCACGAGGCAAGUGACCCGCUCUUAGGUGGGGCGCGGCCUGGGUCACUGGCCUGCACCUGUCCGCCGUGUUACGUGGGCAUGAUAGGCCAGCUCACCCCUCUGCCCCGCCGACCUCUAUGGGCGGCGGCCGUUGUGGUGGUGGCGGUCAUGAUGCAUACAGCCGCCUUCCCUGCUUUUUCUCCACUCUUGCGCCGCCACUACCACCCCCGACACACGCCGCACACUCAGUCUCCCACUCGUAGCCGCCCAGUCGCGGCGAAAGGAUACGAAUUGACAGGCCACAUGUCUUCUUCCCAUCAGCAGCAGAGAAGCAUCUGGACAGUCCUAAGCCUGGAAACACAGGAGGUAAAAGACGAGGUACUGUUGACUGAGGUGCUGGAACACCUUGAUCUGGACCCCCUUGAUGCCAGAGACCCGAGGUUCCAGUCACCUGAAGGCCUCAGGAUGGAGAGUCACAGUGGCGCCGAUCUGGUAUUCACUAAAAAUAGAGAGGGGACUGUGAUAGUUAAUGGAAAGCCGGUGGAGGACAUGGUGGCUCUCGAUGAUGGCACGGAGGUAUAUACGCUGGAGCGUUUUUUGGAGGAAAACAAGCACCGGCUUGACGAAGCCUUUGAGUUUCUGAGCCAACAGGUGGCAGCUUCAGAGCCGCAGCACGCCUCAAGCAAUAGUACGGCAGAAAACGCAUCAUCCACCCAGGUUUCACCUUCCUUGGUCCAACUACAGGAGGGGACCCAGCAAUUCUCUGUAUUUAUCCGUCAGGUUACGGAAAUAUCCUCGGUGACGUCUGGUCCAGAGGCAACAACCAUUUUGCCUUCCACGACAACAGGAGCUGACACCGAGCUGCCUGACCGUGAGAUUCCCUCCACAGAGACCCCGACUACCCAAGUCUUCACAGAUCCUUCCACUUCCGAAAUGCUCGCAACCGAAAUGCUAACUACUGAAAUCCCAGCCACAGAAUCCACUGCUCCUAUUAUCACCUCGGAGAUCCAGUCUUCUGUAGUGCCUCAAUCAACCACCGAAUCAUUCCAGGCGUCUACCCAGUCAUCUAGCCAUCAGACUCCUGUGACAGACUCGUCCUUCACGGUAUCGUUUAAAGAAAUAACCUCUGAAAUUCGGCCAGAAUCCAGUUCGAUGUCUCUCAACUCUGAGAUACACACGUCCCUCGAUCAGAUUGUGCCCCUCAGCGAUCCAGAACAACACCUUUCCACAAACUCUGAAAAAACAGCAAAAUCUUUAACAGAUGCUUUCGAAGAUCCUUCCUCCACUUUGCAUGACCUAGAGACCACAACAGUAAUUCCAUCAGAAGAUUCCAGCAUCAUCACCACAACAGAACCUCUUCAAGAGAGUUCUACUGACUUCACGCUGAAAAUGAGUGUGUCUUUUGAAACCUCUCAAAACGCCCAGUCGGAGAAAACAUCACAUUCAGAAAGGAAUAAAGAUUCAGCCACACACUUGACAUCAGAGAUCUUCACAGUGCAGGAGAGCCCAUCUCUUGCUGCUGCUCCAGAGUUUGUUGGUGAAGACAAAUCGGAAAUGAGAGUCAGUGUUUCUCGGAUUACUUCCAAGGUCAUUGGGAGCAAUGCGGGUGUCCAGCAGCAUCACACAAAAGUCCAGCAAGUUUUCGAUCCUAAUGUUUCAGCAGUGAAAUCCCAUGUUAUUCGAGGAGCCCCAGUAACUGAAACAUCCGUAUCACACUCGAAGAAAAACGUUCAAGAACCCACAAGGAAAGUUGCUGUAUCAGUAACGGAAAAAAGGCACAGCGGAGGUGGCUUUCCCUUUCCUAUGACAGACCAUGCAAGUAUUACUUCUGAAGGCGAGUCUGAGGCCUUUUCUCAGUCCUCAGUGUACCUCCGCAGGACCCGUGUCCAUGACAGUGACAGCCAGGGUCCUGGUUCAGCCUCGGAGUUUUCCCAUAGAGUGGGAACUUUUGGUGAAGGUGUAACAUGGACUGUGCCCGUAGUGCCCGAGGCGGUGGAUACUUGGGACGGCUCCUCCCUCCUCAGCCUGUGGCGACACGCCCUCUCCAAGCAGAAUCAUGUCACUACACCUCAGCAGCUGGAGCAAGCCCCGAGAACCAUCUUGUCUCCAAGUCCUUGGGUGAUGCUCAACUUAGUGGCACACGACGCCUUCCACCCGCUGUACCACGAUGGCAACCACCACGAGUCUCUACGCUCUCUGUUCCUUCUCGACUACCUCCUCCCCAUCCCCAUCAGCGGCUCCGACCCCAGGAUAUCUCGACCACAGGGACUAACAGUCACCAAUCUCGCAGGUCGUCAACUCACAUUCAGGAGAGACGCUGAAGGAGCGAUUAGGGUGAACGGGGUGCGUACACAGGACUGGAUGACACUUCCCGACGGCACAGAGACCUAUACGUUGGAGGGUCUCCUCUUUGACCACCGCACUAGAAUAGACGAAGCAUUCCACAGACUGGUGAACCAGCCUAAAAGACCUCACCUCUCUGGAGGCCAUCUUGUGGUAAGUAAUGGUGGAACUCAAGUGAGUCAAGCCAAUAACAGACACUCGCCUGAGGGGCUAGUCUUGUUCUCUGAUCGUACACUUCCUGUGCCUGAGAAUGAAGUGCCAACCAUCCACCAGGAGCAUGUUGAAGAUGACUUCAUUGCGGCUGUGCCUCCAAGCGAUCCUGUACCCAGGCCGAUAUCCUUAACACCAGUGACAGAGGUCAAGCUGCAUGAGAAGCACACUCCUCAAGUAAAUGUUCCUUCGACAGAAGCUAUGCUGCUGGCUCCAGAGGCCGAAGAUGAAGUGUCGGUAGCUGAAGAUGCUGUUCUAGCGGUAAAUAUGAAUGACGCUAUUUCUCCAUUGGUUGAGGCGAGAGUACCACUGGUUAAACCUGUAUCUCCAAUAACUGAAGUGGCUGAAGUGAAAGUGCAAGAGGAUAAGACCACGUCUCCAGAAGUCAUUGUGAAAGUGCCUGUGACUGAAACAGGAACAUUAAGUACUGAAAGUAUCCCUGUGGCUGCAAUGGAAGUAGAAGUGAGUGAAACUUUGUCUCCAGUAGCGGAAGUACCUGUGGAUGAUAUCACCAUAUCUCCAUUAUCUGAAGUUAAAGUACCAGAGACUGAAGUAACGUCUUCAUUACCUGAGAAAAAAACACCAGUGAUUGGAAUUAUGACUCCAAUUGCCGAGGUCAACGUGCCAGGGGGUGAAGCUGAAGUACAAGCAGUUGGAAUUACGUCUCCGGUUUCUGAAAUUGAAGUAUCUUUAGCUGAAGUGGAAGUACCUGUCUCUAAAGUUGAAGGACCAAUGGCUGAAGUGAAAGUAGGUGUCCCUGAAGUGAUUUCUCCAGUGGCUGAAGUACCAGUGGAUGACGCGAAAAUGCCAGUAGUUAGAAUUAUUUCCCCAAUGGCUGAAGGGAGAGCACCAGCGUUUGGAAUGAGAGUACCAACAACUGAACCGAGAGUACCAGCGGCUGGGGUGAGAGAACCAGCAGCUAGACGUAGAGUACCAGUGGCUGGACAAAGAGUAACAGCAUCUGGAGUGAGAGUACCAGCGGCUAGACGCAGAGUACCAGUGAAUGGACAGAGAGUACCAGCGGCUAGACGCAGAGUACCAGCAAAUGGACAGAGAAUACCAGCAGUUAGACGCAGAGUACAGGCGAUUGGACAGAGAGUACCAGCAGCUAGACGCACAGUACCAGUGACAGGACAGAGAGUACCAGCGGCUGAAUUUAUGUCACCAAUUGAUAGGAUUAAAGUACCAAUAACUGGAGCCUUGUCACCAGUGCCUGAAGUUGAAAGACCUAUGGCGGAAGUAAGAGAGCCAUUGAGUGAAGCUAAAGUUUCUGUGGUUGAGAGUAUGCCUGCAGGGGCUGAAGUGGAUUUAUUCGUGGAUGAAGUCAUGUCUCUUAUGGGUGAGGUUAUGUCUCCAGUACCUGGGGUUGUGACUCCAACGGCUAAAGUGAAAACACCAGUAACUGAACUAAAGUCUCCAGUAGGUGAAUCUGAAGCACCAGUCAGGUCUCCAGCCGCUGGAGUUGAAGUACCAAUGUCUGAAGUCAGGUCACCAGUAGUUCAAUUUGAAGUACCAGUGUCUCAAGUCAGGCUUCCAAUGGCUGAAGUUGAAAUACCAUUGAGUGAGGUCAAGUCUCCAGUGGCUGAAGUUGAAGUACCAGUCAGGUCUUCAGUAGCUGAAGUUGAAGUACCAGUUAAGUCUCCAGUGGCUGAAGUUGAAGUAUCAGUGUCUGAAGUCAGGUCUCCAGUGGCUGAAGUUGAAGUAUCAGUGUCUGAAGUCAGGUCUCCAGAGGCUGAAGUUGAAGUACCAGUCAAGUCUCCAGUGGCUGAAGUUCAAGUACCAGUGGCUGAAGUCAGGUCUCCAAUGGCUGAAGUUCAAGUACCAGUUAAGUCUCCAGUGGCUGAAGUUGUGCCAGUGUCUGAAGUCAGGUCUCCAGUGGCUGAUGUUCAAGUACCAGUCAAGUCUCCAGUGGCUGAAGUUGAAGUACCGGUGACUGAAAUCAGUUCUCCAGUGGCUGAAGUUGAAGUACCAGUGUCUGAAGUCAGGUCUCCAGUGGCUGAAGUUGAAGUAUCAGUGUCUGAAGUCAGGUCUCCAGUGGUUGAAGUUGAAGUACCAGUGUCUGAAGUCAGGUCUCCAGUUGCUGAAGUUGAAGUACCAGUGACUGAAAUCAGUUCUCCAGUGGCUGAAGUUGAAGUACCAGUGUCUGAAGUCAGGUCUCCAGUGGCUGAAGUUGAAGUACCAGUGUCUGAAGUCAGGUCUCCAGUGGCUGAAGUUGAAGUACCAGUGUCUGAAGUCAGGUCUCCAGUGGCUGAAGUUGAAGUAUCAGUGUCUGAAGUCAGGUCUCCAGUGGCUGAAGUUGAAGUAUCAGUGUCUGAAGUUAGGUCUCCAGUGGCUGAAGUUGAAGCACCAGUGUCUGAAGUCAGGUCUCCAGUGGCUGAAGUUGAAGUACUUGUUUCUGAUGUUGGGUCUCCAGUAGCUGAAGAUAAAGUACCAGUGUCUGAAGUCAGGUCUCCAGUGGCUAAAGUUGAAGUACCUGUGUCUGACUUCAGGUUUCCAGUGGCUGAAGUUGAAGUACCUGUGUCUGAAUUCAGGUCUCCAGUGGCUGAAGUUGAAGUACCAGUCAUGUCUCCAGUGACUGAAGUUGAAGUACCUGUGUCUGAAUUCAGAUCUCCAAUGGGUGAAGUUGAAGUACCGGUGACUGAGGUCAGGUAUCCAGUGGCUGAAGUUGAGGUGCCAGUCAAGUCUCCACUGGCUGAAGUUAAAGUUCUAGUGGCUGAAAUUAAGUCUCCAAUGGCUGAAAUUGAAGUACCAGUCAGGUCUCCAGUGGCUGAACUUGAAGUACCAGUGGCUGAGGUCAGGUUUCCAGUAGCUGAAGUUAAAGAACCACUGACUGAGGUCAGGUCUCCAGGAGCUGAGAAUCAAGUACCAGUGGCUGAAGUCGAGUCUCCAAUAGCUGAAGCUGAAGUACCAUUACCUGAAGUCAGGUCUCCAUUGGCUGAAGUUAAAGUACCAGUAAGGUCUCCAGUGGCUCAUUUUGAAGUACCAGUGUCUGAAGUCAGAACUCCAGUGGCUGAAGUUGAAGUACCAGCGUCUGAAGUCAGGUCCCCAGUGGCUGAAGUUGAAGUACCGGUGCCUGAGGUCCGCUCUUCAGUGGCUGGAGUUGAAGUACCAGCAGCUGAAGUCAAGUCUCCAAUGGCUGAAGUUGAAGUACCAAUGGCUCAGUUUGAAGUACCAGUGGCUGAAGUCAGAUCUCCAGUGGCUGAAGUUGAAGUACCAGUGGCUCAGUUUGAAAUACCAGUGGCUGAAGUCAGAUCUCCAGUGGCUGAAGUUGAAGUACCAGUGGCUCAGUUUGAAGUACCAGUGGCUGAAGUCAGAUCUCCAAUGGCUGAAGUUGAAGUACCAGUGGCUCAGUUUGAAGUACCAGUGGCUGAAGUCAAGUCUCCAAUGGCUGAAGUUGAAGUACCAGUGGCUCAGUUUGAAGUACCAGUGGCUGAAGUCAAAUCUCCAAUGACUGAAGUUGAAGUACCAGUGGCUCAGUUUGAAGUACCAGUGGCUGAAGUCAGAUCUCCAGUGGCUGAAGUUGAAGUACCAGUGGCUCAGUUUGAAGUACCAGUGGCUGAAGUCAAAUCUCCAAUGGCUGAAGUUGAAGUACCAGUGGCUCAGUUUGAAGUACCAGUGGCUAAAGUCAGAUCUCCAGUGGCUGAAGUUGAAGUGCCAGUGGCUGAAGCCAAGUCUCCAGUGGCUCAGUUUGAAGUACCAGUGGCUGAAGUCAGAUCUCCAAUGGCUGAAGUUGAAGUACCAUUGGCUCAAUUCAAGUCUCCAGUGGCUCAGUUUGAAGUACCAGCAGCUGAGGUCAGGUCUCCAGUAGCUGAAUUUGAAGAACCAUUGUCUGAAGUCAGAUUUCCAGUGCCUGAUGUUGAAGUAUCAGUGGCUGAAGUCAGAUCUUCAGUGGCUAAAUUUGAAGAACCAGUGUCUGAAAUCAGGUCUCCAAUGGCUCAAUUUGAAGUACCAGUGACUGAAGUUGAAGUAUCGGUACCUGAAGUCAGGUCUCCAGUGGCUCAUUUUGAAGUACCAGUGGCUGAAGUCAGGUCUCCAGUGGUUGAAGUUGAAGUACCAGUCAGGUCUCCAGUGGCUCAAUUUGAAGUACUAGUUUCUGAAGUCAAGUCUCCAAUGGCUGAAGUAAAACCAGUUGCAUCUGCAAUGGCUGAAGUUGAAGUACCAGUCAGGCCUUCAGUGGCUGAAUUUGAAGUACCAGUAGCUGAUGGUGGGUCUCCAGUGGCUGAAUUUGAAGCAUCAUUGUCUAAAGUCAAGUCUUCAAUGGCUGAAGCAAAAAUACCAGUAACUGAAUUUAUGCCUCCAUUGCCUGAUACAAAAGUACCUGUGGUUGAAAUCAAUAUACCAGUGACAGAAGUUAAAUUUCCAGUGACUGAAGUAGAAGUACCGGUGGCUGAAGAAUUUGAAGUACCAAUGGCUGAAGUGGAAUUGCCAGCUAGUGUAGUUAUGGCUUCAGUGGUUGAGACUGCUCCCCCAGAAAUUGGAGUGGAUCUGCCAAUAUCUAAAGAUGUAGAUCCAGUGGUAAAACUAGAAGUUCCUGAAAUGGAAGUUCAUGCUGGUGGGAUGGAAGUUCCUUUGUCUGAGCACAUUUCUCAUACAGAUGAGUUUGGAAUUACUAUUCCUAAAUUUGUCACUAGGUUGGAACCCCUUGUCCCUAAACUGGAAGUUCCCUCAUCUAAAGCAGAGGCUUCUUUAGAUAAUCCUCUCCCUCAGCAGAUGAAUUUAAAGUACGAGUAUCUGAAGCUUUGA